AGAAUCAAAAUCAAAAUCCGUUAGCAAUUGCAACACUAAAUUAAGCACAAAUAUACAAACCCUAAUCUAUAUGAAAAAGAAGAGAAGAAAUUCUAUAAUAAAUCGCGAACUUUGAGCAGUUCAAACUUAUUACGCUAAGAAGUUUGAAUUUCGUAUAAAAUUUGUGUCGAACCUGAAGGAAAAAAAAUGGGGAAACCGCCGAUUUCGCCGGAGAAUCAGCCGCCUCUUCACCGGAGUGAUGCUGACGAUGAAGACGAGAACGUCAAGCAGCUCAAUGAAUGCUCAUCCUUCUACUUAUCCUUACAGGAUUGUCUUAUCAAAACUAACAGGAACUGGAAAUCUUGCCAGGCUGAGGUUCAAGCUUUGAAGUCUUGCAGUGAGAGAAGGAAAUCUGGCCAACGCAAGUGAAGAUUAUUCUGCAAAGGUGCAUAAUGUAACAAAUAAUAUCUAAGAUUUUGUUUUAUCUUGUUUAGAUGUAUUUUGUAACAUCUAUAAGGUUGACUGUUCUUCCAAGUCUUUGCCAUUAUGUAGAGAUUAUUUCAGAUUGAACCUUCCAUCAACUAAAAGUUUUGUCAAUUACCGUUUAACUAAGCCUGUUUUCAAUAAAUUCUUAUUCUACACUAAAAAA